UCAUUACGUGUUCAUAUUUACGGCAGCAGCUCCAUCCAUGUGGUUUUAAGAUCUGCGGUUUCCCGACGUCAGCUGCAGAAGAAGCGUAGCAGCCGCUAACCCUGUUCUUGUAAACAACAGCGAAGAAUGUGAUUUUUGACGCUUUGUUUUACAGCUAACACGAUGGCGCAGCCAGCGGAGAAAGCAUACUAUCGCUUUGUGGUGCUCUUCUUUAACUGUCUGCUGACCUUUGGGUCCUACUUUUGCUUCGACAUUCCCAGUGUGUUACAGGAUCAGUUCCAAGGGAACCUGACGUGUCCCAAUGCGACAGUGAUCAAUGGGACAGUGGACUGUGUGGAGGGACUGGGGAUGACCCCUCAGCAGUACAAUCUUCUCUAUGCCAUCUAUGCUUGGACGAAUGCAGUAGUGGUGAUCCUGGCUGGAUUCCUCAUUGACAAAUUAGGAAAUCGCUUCGGUGUGUUUCUCUUCUCUUUUCUCUGUGUUUUGGGCUCAUCGCUGUUUGCUCUCGGCUCCCACUUCAAGGGAUCUCCCUACUUGCUGCCGCUAAUGCUUACAGGCCGUCUGCUGUUUGGAUCAGGCAAUGGAUCUCUGACUAUUGUUCAGAAUCGCAUCACGGCCUUCUGGUUCAAAGGGAAGGAGUUGGCUUUGGCUUUCGGCCUGACCCUGGCCUUCUCGCGGCUGGGCUCGGUGUUGAACUUCUUCCUCACGCAGAAGUUUGAAGAAAAAUAUGGCAUGCAGUGGACACUCUGGGGUGGAGCACUGUUGUGUGUGCUGGGCUUCACUUCUGCUGUCGUUGUCAGCACCUUGGACAAGAUUGGAAUGAGACAGCUGGGUCUCGAUGGAGCCAUCCAAGAAGAGUCUCGCAAAGUGAGGAUUCAGGAUGUGAAGCUCCUGUCAGUAAGAUACUGGCUGCUGGUUCUCACCAUCAUGUUCUUCUACAACGGCAUCUUCCCCUUCAUUGCUGAUGCAAGCAAGUUCAUCCAGGAUAAGUACAGCUACUACAGCCAGAAGGAGGCGGCUUACAUUGCAGGAGCAGUCUAUGACAGCUCACUGGUCCUCUCAGCCAGCGUGGGCAUUCUCAUUGAUUAUGUGGGUCUGCGGGGAGUCUUCGCAGUGGCAUGCGCCGUCCUCACGCUGCCCGUGUUUGGACUCCUGGCUUUCACCUUUGUCCCUCCUCUGGUUUCAACCAUAUGGCUGGGAGUCACCUACUCCUUUGCUGCUGCCAGCAUGUGGCCGUCUAUUCCACUCGUCGUACCUCAGGCGACUCUGGGAACUGCCAUGGGCCUGGCCACCUCCGUACAGAUGAUUGGGAUCGGGAUCUCCAAUCUCGUUGUUGGACAGAUACUAGGCACCAAGUCCAGUGAAACUAAGAUCCCGCUGUGGCGUUGGCAGAGGAUGAUGAUCUUCAUGUUGGCCAACACCAUCAGCUGCAUUGUGACCUCAGUGCUGCUUAACAUUGUUGAUCACAGACAGGGUGGGACCCUGAACAAGACAACCAAGAAGUCAGGGCAGGCACCGAGAGACCCAGACCGAGAGCCACUCACCCAGGCAGAGGAUGAGCCAAAUGAGGAAGAUGGUGAUGCUGUUGGAUCUCGUUCUAUCAACUCUUGAGCUUUUCAUUUACAGUUUUUAAGAAAUGCAGUCAACUCAGAAGGAAUUCGAGGCCAUUUAUUCUGGGUCAGAUUGUCUUAAAGACCAUUCCUUUUCCUUUUUGAUGCCACUCAUUAAGUUUUCAGCAGCUCUGACAAGUAUCCCUAUAUACAACCAUCAUGCUUCACUGUAGGGAUUACAGUAAAGUUUUCAGCAGGUUAUGAGUCAUGUCUGGUGUUGGCUAGAUUAUCUUUUCCUUUCCUUUGAGAGAGUUUGCCGUUUGGAAGCUCCAUGAAUCUGUUAUGCCUUUUAGUUAGAGUAACUUCCAUGUGGCUGCACAGCCGUGAAGGUGAUUAGUAAGGUGCUGUUGAGAUGGAUAUCAGGGGCUUCUCUCAUCUCACAGAUAACCGAACUACCGUUAAAGUGAGUCUCAGGUCCUUGGUCACCUCUUUGACCGAGAUCCUUCUUGCAAGAAAAGCAUGUGAGGAGUCCUGCCAAAUCAGGUCGUUUAUUUCACUGUUUUUUAAGUCAAAUCGUUCCUGAAUACUUCAGAAGUCGUUUUAUAACCGUAGAUUUAAAAAAAAAAAAAAAAAAAUUUAAAUCAUGUUUAAUUCCUUCAGGUGGCCACAGGUGGAUUUACAUCAGGUUCUAGAAACAUUUCCAGGAUUAUUAAAGAAAAAGGGAUGUAUCUGAUGAUGGGGACACAAAAGCAAACAGUCUGAAUACUUACUUAGUUACAGAUUUCCAUUUAUUUGAGUUUUAACUUUGUAAUUCUUUUAUUUUUUUUAACACAAACACUCAAACCCUUUUUUAUCAGUCUUGUUGUGACUAUAAUGACUCCACUGCUAUAAAUAAUUGUGUGGACAUUCCUGUAGUUACUAAAUAAUUGUAUUUGUAACAACAGUGAGAUUCUUGCAAUUCUGCUGCUUUCCAAACUUUUAUCAUUUCAGUUUAGACUUUUAUCUGUGCAACUUGAUACUUAAUUUGUUUUCCCUCACAGUGACCACAAACACAGCACAUGACAGACACAAUCGGCACCUAGCUGCUACACACGGUGGUGCCUAUAACUGCUAGAAAGAGAGUUGUUUCUCUCAGACGUUUGGUUUCAUGAAAACAGAUUUAGAAAAGAGUGAUCAGGACUUGCGUUUAUUGGAAUAAGCAACAUAAAUAGUGAUCAUGUAAACAAUCAGUGUUUUAAAAAAGGAAAAAGUAGUGUUCACAAAAUGUUUUUCUUCACGCAAACACGUUAACGAUGUUCUUGCAAAGUUGCGAUUUCAACACGUCAACUUGACCUGCAGGCGGAGUGUUCGGUUGAAGUCUCUCUUUUAUGAGUGCAUGUUAAACACACAACAGCCAUUAGGUGGCGCUCCUCACACAUGUACAGUUUGUAUCAAGAUCAUAGGAUUGUGAGUGAGUCCACUUUUCUCUUUGCAUGAUUUUCACCUCAGUUACUUGGAUGUUGUUAAUCCCCAAAUAUGUAGUGGGCACUUUAUUUUAUUUUUUUAUAAGUGAUUGUGGGCAUUUUCGGGGUGGUAGGCAGAAUAACAGUACUUCAUAUCACAUCCAUCAAACUGUCAACACCUGUAAGAAUGUGGCCUUGGUUAAAAUAGCUGCAGAUAAAUAGCAGCACACCCUCUUCAGUGAAUACCACAGAGUCUUUAAGGCGUUCACCGAUUUUCCCCAUGCCCCCUAAUUCUGGAUAUGCUACUACUUUUAUAUUGGUAGUGACAUUGAUGUAUUUAGUUCCUUUUUCCAUUUGUAUUGGCCCACUGCUACUCAGUCUUGUACAAGUUUUUCCAUUUCUAAAAGACAAACAUCAACGCUACUAAAUAAAAUCUAAAUGCAAA